ACACGUCCGGUCCUUCCUGUCCUCGGUGGAUCAGUUUGUCAGUAAUUUGAGCUCAGCCCGACUGAACAUGGAGAGAAAGUUGCAGCUGCAGCACGUGGAGCUUCCUGACGCCAUCAGCCAGCUGAGCAGCCCUGCAGACUACAGAGCAGCAGCCAAUAACAGUGAGCUGGUGGAGCGUCUGGAGGAGGUGUUGACCCUGUGGACCAAUCAAAUCAAGCAGGUGCUGACGGAGAGCGAGCAGAUGAGGAAAGAGGCCGACGACAUCAGGCCGUUGGCCGAGCUGGAGCACUGGAAGAGCCGCACGGUGACCUUAAACAGGUAGAUGCGUCCUCUCAGCUGGAUCUCCUGUAGCGUCAGCAUUUACAGGUUUCACUUUAAACUCAGUUUAUCAAACAUGAUCUGACGUCUGUGGACAGAAGCUCCUCAGACCUGGAACAGUUUAGUCUCCACUCUGAGACUUCAGGACAAAACCACUUUUACACAAUAUAACUUUCUGUUAUUUCUCUUUCUGCUCUUUAAAGUUGAAAUGUUCCAAAAUAUUCAU